CGCGCCAUCUUUAGAAACACUGAGCUCUACAGUGAAUGAAACUUCAUUUUCGUCGUUUGUUAAGAGCCGUUCUCUGUAUGGAGUGAUACCCUCGGCUUUCCAGGUGAUGUGGUUUCACAUUAUCAACGUCUUAGCGACACAUGUAUGUAGUUAAUGCCCCGAAACGGUUGGUGUUGUGUAGGAGGACCCCCCUUGCAUGUAAUGUGCCUGAGGCUAGGUGAGCUAAUGCUAACGCCAGGCCUAACGUUGGAUAGAUACUGCUGUGAAAUCGUAACAGUACAAUACAGACUGCAAGUGUGUAAAUGCGGACAUUUGUAAGACUUUAAAUGUGUCGCUACUUAGCUAACAUUAGCUUACGAUUAAAAAACAGGCAUCUUCUCGCCUAAUUUUGUUUAUAAUCCAGUCGUGUCGUUUCUCUUGUUUAUCCUAUAUAUCGAAAGAGAAGCGAUUUACGGUCAGCACUUUCAUCACUUCUUUUUGGUUCAUAUGGUUUUCGGUAGCAUUUAAAGAAGUCGUUCAGCUGGUCAGACCCGGUAGGUGUGCAAGACUUGCAGCCUAUUCCGCUUGUUACAUCCCACUCUCACUUAUCUCUGUUUGCUCCGUUUCUCUCACCUGCAUGUGUUUGAUCUGUAGAGGUGAUCAUGGGGAUCAAGGUUCAGCGUCCUCGGUGCUUCCUUGACAUCGGAAUCAGUAAUGUGCUCGUCGGCAGAGUUGUGGUGGAGUUGUUUUCAGACAUCUGUCCCAAAACAUGUGAAAACUUCAGAUGCCUCUGCACAGGUGAGAAAGGCAUUGGUAAAGGAACUCAGAAACCCUUGCACUACAAAGGAUGCCUGUUCCAUCGAAUAGUAAAAGACUUCAUGAUUCAAGGAGGAGACUUCAGUGAAGGCAAUGGAAGAGGAGGCGAAUCCAUCUAUGGAGGCUUUUUUGAAGAUGAAAGCUUUGCUGUUAAACACAACAAGGAGUACCUGCUGUCUAUGGCCAAUAGGGGCAAAGAUACUAAUGGAUCCCAGUUUUUCAUAACAACAAAGCCCUCACCGCAUCUGGACGGUGUCCAUGUGGUUUUUGGUCAUGUGAUCUCUGGCCAAGAGGUUGUUCAAACCAUGGAGAACCAGAAAACGGAUCCUAACAGCAGACCAUAUGCUGACGUGAAAGUUUUGAAUUGUGGAGAGCUAGUCCCUAAAUCUAAAGCAAAGAGGGAUGAAAAAAAGAGAGAGCGGGCCUCCUCCAGUUCCAGCAGUAGCUCCAGCAACUCUGAAAGCUCCUCAGAUUCCUCCUCUGACUCUGAAGAAUCAGAGAAAGAAUCCAAGAAGCGGAAAAAGAAGGCAAAAAAGCAAAAAAAGAAACAGCAGAAGAAGGACAAGAAGAGGUCAGAACCAGAAAGUGCUGAAGAGAAAGAACAAGAGGAGCUGGUUACAUCUACGGUACGCCCUGAAGAAAUACCGCCCAUCCCAGAAAACCGAUUCCUCAUGAGGAGAAGUCCCCAGUCAAUCCAGAAAUCGAAGGAGGAGGCUGAAAAGGAUCAGAGAAAUAAAGAGGAAAGGCCAAGAGAGAGUUCUGGCACAACAUAUAAUUCUCAGUCAGCAUAUCACAGAAGGCUGGUGAUGACACGAUCCGGUAGGAAAAUAAAAGGCAGAGGUCCGAGGAGAUACCGAACUCCGUCACGCUCACGUUCAAGGUCCAGAGAUCGUUUUCGCCGUAGUGAAACUCCUCCACAUUGGCGUCAGGAGCUGCAGCGACAGAGGAUGAGGGCAGUCACUGGAGAGCGCUGGAUUAAGGGUGACAGAGGUGACAUGAAUGAGGGCAAGGAUGAGGCUGCUAAAGCUCAAAUAAGAGAGAAACGGGCCUCCAGCACUAAGCAUGAAAAAACAGCUGAGGGUAAAAAAGACAAGAAAUCUCGGUCACAUAGAUCCAAAAGCAAAGAAGAGGAUGAUGUAGAAAAGGAUGAGAAGCAUGGCAAACACAAGGCAAAGAAACGAGAUCGAUCUCAAAGUCGCAGUAAAAGCAGAGAAAAGAGUAGAAGGUCAAAAAGCAGAGACAAGGGUCACAAGCACAAAAGUGACGACAGGAGAGGUCGCUCCAGGAGCAAAGACCGAAGUGUUAAUAAGAAAGAAAAGGAAUCAGAAUCUGAUCACAAUAAAGAUAGAAAUAAGGGCCAUGAGUCUGACAAAAAGCAUAAGGAGGAUUCAAAAGGAAGAAACGGUGAGAGAACUAGGACAAAGUCAAAAAGCAAAGAAAGAUCAACCACAAAAGAUGGGCGCAGGUCAAGUAGCAGAAACAGGGAUAGAGCUGGAACUGCAGCUUUGAAAGACAAAGAAGAAAAGAGAGAAAAAGACAGAGAGAGGGGCAGGGAACGCAGCAGGAGUCAGGAAAGGCGACGCAACAGUGAGAGGGAGAAUAAAAGGCGGGGAACGUCCAGGGAUAAGGAGCGCCGAACCAGAAGUCCAGACAGAAAUAAGACCAGAGACUUGCACAGAAGCAGGCGCUCCAGAAGUAAGAGUGAUAAGAGAGACCAUAGCAAAGAUCGAUCAUCUCAUAGAAAAGACAAAGACAGAGAAUCUGCCAACCAAAAGAAAAGACGUAGCAGCAGUUCUGAGAGUGAUAGAAAUGUGAAAAGGAAGAGUCAGAAGAGCCCAGAUUCCAAAAGAAGAGCAAAGAGUACCUCCAGAUCCAAAGACAGAAGAAGUCCAGCCAGACUGAGACCUGAUAGUACAAAAGGCAAAGAGAGGAACGACAGCAAGAGGAAUAAAUCCAGCUCAGGCUCCAGCUCUGACAGUGACUGAGCCUGAGUGAUGGUAUCCAAAAGGAACAGUUAAAGAUUUCCGAAGUUUUUUUUCCAUGUUGUUUUAUACCCACCACACAUGUAGUGUGCAGCACCAGCUUUCUGUAUAGAGUAGGAGAUAUUCAUGGUCCUCAUUCAGGGCAAAAAAAAAAACAAAAAAAACAAACACUUCUCAGUUCAGCCAAAGCCAACAUGAG